UGUCAAAAACGAAAGUUUGAAAACAUUUACAAAACUUGUUUUUACAUGAAAAAUUAAAAAAAAACAGCUCUUUUUUCAUCAAUUCGGUAAUUUUUGGUCAAUUUUGUUAUUAGUAAACGUUCAGAGGUACCUAUAUUGGACAAUCAACCCUUGAUACUCUUGGUCAGUCAAAAUAUAACCUCAAUUUACCAAGUCCAUCUUCUCAAACAUGGAUAAGGAAAAGUUAAAAGGAAUUGGCAAAAUAUGUAUCCCUGGUAUGCGGCUAAGUUUAUCUGACGCAGAACAUAUCUCAGGGCCUGGCACGUAUGAAUUGAAAGGAUACAUUUAUGCUACUUUGGCGGGAAUCUUGAAGACUGAACAGGAUGAAGUUGCUAAGGCCACAGUAAUAUCAGUUGUAAGUCCUAGAACGCCAAGUGUUUUACCCAGAAGUGGAGAUAUAGUGACCUGCAAGGUGACAGUAGUUAACUCCCGCAUGGUACAAUGUGUGAUCUUAUGCGUUGGCUCAUCGGUACUGGUCAGGCCAUACAGGGGCGUUUUGAAAAAGGAAGACAUAAAAUCAACAGACAAGGACAGAAUAGACCCGUACAAGUGUUUCAGACCUGGCGAUGUCAUAUUGGCUAGAGUUCUUCCCAUGACUGAAAUCCACUGGUACCACCUUUCAACAGCAGAAAACGAGCUCGGUGUAGUCAUAGCUACAGCCGAGGGCUCUCCCCAAGGAAUCAACAUGGUGCCCAUUAGCUGGUCCGAGAUGCAGUGUCCAAAAACCUUGACAAAAGAACCGAGGAAAGUUGCAAGAGUUAUUCCUGAAAAUAUCAACCAAAACUUAUUCAAUGUCAAAGAUAAGGAGAAUAAAAACAUAGAAAAUAAAGAGAAUAAAAAAUGAUUUGCUUGUUCAUUAAAAAUU